UGCGCCCCCCCGUCCUACCACCACACAACCACCAUACUCAUCACAACGCUCGCACAUCAACCACAUUCCACACCAACAUACACUUCGCAAGUCUCAUUUUAUACCCCCCGAACACACACACACAUCACCGCUUUCGACUUUGACGCCGCCAGACCACUCGCCUCAAAGCAAAGGCGACUCUGUGCAAACGACGCAUCGCCCUCGACACGAGCACAUCACUCACGACAUCGCUGGGCCCAUCACACAAUCCACCUUCCCCCCUCCCCCCCCAUCCGCCGCCGCGUGACUCCUCUCACCGCAUCGACCCGCUCUUACGCCGACAUUGUCCCCACGACCAUCGCCGGCCGACGCCCACUACCCCCAUCCCCGUCGCCAUCGCUUCUUUGUCUGCGUUGACCAUCGUCUGGACCGCAUCGCCCGGCCCGACCCCGAUUCGCGUGCCCCGACAACAGUUAAGCGAGGUCCGCGUCCGCCGCCAGUGAUCACCCCGUUGUUCACCGCUACAUUGCCAACUGCUUGCAACCCAAACUCGUUGUCACCAUCCUGCAGUGUGAACAGUCUUGUCACACGUCUUUGACGCCCCACACCAAUAUUGGUCGACUGGCUUGCUAAAAAUACCAGUUCAGUCGACUUUGCGCAGCUUGUCUCCUCGGAGUAAGACUGAGCCUUAGACAUCUCGCCCCUUCGCAGCAGCAGCAGCAGGAACGAGGUGGCGGCGUGAGCGCCAAACGCGCGCCCUCGCGCACAACACCCCUGCUCUCAACACCGUGCCCAUCAUCUGAACAGAUGUUGGAAUGAAGCGAAGGCGACGCGCACCAAGCAUACCACCGCCAUCAUCAGCAUGGCGGUGGGCCGUAGGAGGGCCCAUCACCGACUUUGGUGAGGACGGCAUCGACGCCGGCCCGUCGCGGUUACCAUUCCGCAUCGACGCCGACGCUCUUCCUUCACGGCCACCAUACCGCCCCGAGCCAUCUAUGGCGCCAGAGGCAUCCGAAUCCUCUCUGGCGCAGGUCCCUCGCCCUCACCCGCCGCUGCGGAGAGAAGCGAGGCCACCACAACCACCACAAUCACAACCACCACCACGAGCUCGACUCUCAUCCCCUGGCCGCAUCCUCACCACGGCCCUCGCCUUUUCCCUCACCCUAAAUCCAUUACUCGCAGCAGCCGGACCAUUGCCAAUACCACCGCCGCCUACAGCCACAGUCGAGGCAUCCUCUGGUGUUUUAACGACCCCCACUCCUGCGCCAUCACCAGUCCAGUACGAUCCGAGAAGACUCGCUUCAGACCCACUGUAUACCUCACCCGACACCAUCUCGUCACCACCAGUGACGACGCUUCCCUCCACAGCACUCCCCUUCUACCUUACCCAGUCGUCAGAUGGGUACUGGUACAAGGUGGAAAACGCAUGGAUGUUGUAUGGACGAGCCGUCGAAGGCGUGAGUUCAGGCAACAGCGACAAGCCCGGCGGCCUCCUGGCUGAUGCCCAGCAGCCCAACACUACCGAUACGGCCUCGAACUCGGCUUCCCCAACGUCAACACCGUUGCCAUCGUACGCCGUCUCGGCGUCCCUCCCGAAUGGAUGGGGCUCGGCCAACCCCCGACUGUCCUUUUACAAGACUCCUCUGAUCGUCAGUUGCAGUGUCAUCCUGGCCGUCUUGAUUGUGAUUGCCAUCAUUUUCGUUGCGUUGCAACGACGAAAGACGACACGACGACGCAAGCGCCAUGAAGCAAGAAUGCGUCGCAAAGCGCUUGCAGCAGCUGGUUUGACCGAGGACGCGAUGCAGGACGCCACGUCCGAGGUCCACGUCCAGUUCUCUCAGCGGCUCGCCGAGUUUGAGAAGGCUCACAAGGCCAAGCGACGAGGCGGACGCCAUAACUCGUCGUAUGUGCGAACAAAGGUGCGGGUCUGGCACAGGGGUGUGCGGCACCGGGGUACAAGGAACGGCGACCGUGCGGGGGAGAAGGAUGGGGUGGCCUACACUUCUGGACACGAUCUCGGCCGCGAGCGCUCUGCUGGGUCCAUGACCACACAGUCAACGACCUCGUUGGCUACCACUGCCACCUCAUCACCUCCCAGCAGGCGCCACUCGCUCGACCACGACGACACAACUCCGUCGCACUCUCCGCCGACGCUCCCAACAGAGGCCAGCGAUGCCCACGUCUCGGACGCCAACAACUCGGACUGCCCUCCCGAAUCUUCAUCGUCUUCAGAGCACCAGUCUCCUCGCACAGACCCUCAGUCGUCUCCCGAAACUAGCGCCCACGACCCACCCGCCAACCCAACGGGCGGCCACCUGCCCCCCGCUUACCGACCUGCUUCCGUUCGCAGUGUGCAGAUUGGUUCAUCCAGCGGCCCGUCCACGUCGCGCGCACCUCCAGACGAGAACCCUCCAAACGUCCUGUCGCCAGAAAAGGUGGCAGCAGCUGGAUACUACCCCGCACCGGCUACAGCGGAUGCCGAGGCCGCCCAGGCGGUGGCACACCGUGCAGACGCAAAGGCGCCCAUUGUUGUCCCGCCCGACGAGGAGGAGCGGCGCGAGCAGGCCAUGCGCCAUGUGGCGACAGACGACAAGCGCGAGCUUGAACGCUUGCGCCACGGCGCAUCUGCACCUCCGGUUACGCGGGUCGACGACGAUGGGGCUGGCCCAUCCGCGCCGAGCUUUGACGUUGACGAGAAUGGGUUCGAAACGCUGCCGCUCGAGGCAGGAGAGGACGGCCCAAGUGCCCCUCCUGUUGCUCGGCCAAGCGCUCCUCUCGGAUUGCCCGCACCACCGCAAAGGACCCAGCAGCGCUCGCUCCCCGCAGACGAUGAUGUUGACGACACGCUGCACCUGCUUCCCUCCGCGCCGCCAGUCGAAACGUCGGAUAGCCUGCCUUCCGCGCCACCUCUGGAGAUAGAGGCGAGCGCUCCUUCGGCACCACCUCUACCCGACCUCGAGGCAGAGGACGAACAGGGUCACCACCCUUCGGCCCCACCGCUCGACGUCGAUCAUGACGAGCACGAGGAAGCGGAGCAUGCUCACGAGGAGCAAGCUGAUGGGGAGAGCUCCACCGGCACCGGUCACGUCAACGAGAGCCUGGGCGUCAACGGGGUACGGUACCUACCCGUUUACGAGCCAUGAGUAGGAGAGGAGGAUAUCAGUCUUGUUUUUGCUUUUGGGUUGUUUUUUGCAGCUCUCGCCUGCACUCUGUAUUAGGAUCUGUAUGAUGCGUCGCGGAUAAAAAGUCAUGGCAUUGGCUUGGCGCAUCACUCAUGGAUAUGUAUGAGAUUUGUGUACAGA